CGCCGAGAACGGUUGUAGCUCGCUAUACACGCGACUUCAAUAAUUUAGUAUUCUGCCACAGAGCAAUCCACAUGCGCGUUUCAAUCAGUGUAGUUUCUCUCGAAAAUAUUAUGUGAAUGCGACGAAAUUCGCGAAUUGGGGAAGUGUGUGAAAGUGUCGCGAAUAAGUUCUUGAUGAGAUCCGAUUAUUUUUUAUAACUUAAGAUUUCCUCUACGCCCCUAGUCAUGGUUAUUAGAUUACCAUGGCUUCUUCAAGCAGUAACUCUCGGCCUCACAAUAAUCUUAGUAUCAGGUAAUCCAUUAUUUUUACAAACAGGCAGAAAUAUAAAACCGGUUAUUAAAUGGAGUCAACCGAUGGACACCUGGAACUGGACAGAGGAGCCUCGCAAUGACGCAGCAUUAUUUUCGCCAUCUAACUUCACCCACAAACUCCCUCCUACAGCCAAUGAAACGGAACUCAUAGCACACAUGGCCGCCUUAAAGCGAAAUUAUUCACGACUUCUUUGGGAUAGUGAUAAGAGCAGUAAUCUGCCGCUCUUCGUCGAUAAAGCGCUCAAGCUGCUUAAUCUAAAACAAGUUUAUUACGAAGUGGAACAUUCUGUUAUGUCAAAGGUUUCAUGCACAGCGUGUAAGGCGGGGGCAGGCUUAUUACAACAUUAUAUGCGGCUCGGUAAAAGUAAAGAGGAAAUAAAUAAGAUGAUUUAUAAAUUUUGCGUGUCGCUGAAUAUACAAUCAGCCAGAGUCUGCGAUGGAAUAACGCGACUUUUUGGGAGUGAGGUAAUCUACGUCCUAAAGCGAGUGACAUAUGGGCCAGACGAAAUAUGUAGUUUCGUGAUUGGUGAUGCUUGUGGCGAUGUUUAUAACCCGUACCAUGAAUGGGAAGUAGCUUUCCCGCCAGUGCCAAAGCCGCCUAGACGUGAUUUAGAAGCGCCGAUAGAGAAAGCUCCAUCGUUUAAAGUACUGCAAAUAUCUGACACUCAUUUCGACCCGUACUAUGCUGAAGGAUCAAAUGCAGAAUGCAACGAGCCCUUAUGUUGUAGAGCGUCAAAUGGACCAGCCCUGACCCCUGGAGGGGGCGCUGGCCGUUGGGGGGAUUACCGGAAAUGCGAUACUCCGAAACGCACCAUUGACCAUAUGUUGAAGCAUAUAGCUGAUACGCAUACCGACAUCGAUUACAUUCUUUGGACUGGGGACCUGCCACCACACGAUGUCUGGAAUCAGACGAAGGAAGAAAAUCUUAAAGUCCUUCAGGAAACAGUCGCCCAAAUGUCAGAUAUGUUCCCUGGUGUACCGAUAUUUCCCGCCCUUGGUAAUCACGAAUCUUCACCGGUGAACAGUUUCCCGCCACCAUACAUAUCAACACCGGAGUCUAACAUAGGCUGGUUGUAUAAUGAGUUAGAUGCGCAAUGGCGAAGGUGGUUACCCGCUGGCGUCUCUCACACAGUUAGACGUGGUGCCUUUUAUUCGGUACUCGUAAGACCUGGAUUCCGCAUUAUAUCUCUCAAUAUGAAUUAUUGUAAUAAUAAGAACUGGUGGCUGCUGUUAAAUAGUACGGAUCCUGCGACAGAAUUACAAUGGUUAAUAUACGAACUUCAGUCAGCUGAAUUCAGUGGCGAAAAAGUUCAUAUAAUCGGCCACAUUCCACCCGGACAUUCGGACUGCCUAAAAGUAUGGAGCAGGAACUAUUACGCUAUAAUUAAUAGAUACGAAUCCACGAUAACCGCACAAUUCUUUGGACAUACCCAUUUUGACGAGUUUGAGGUUUUCUACGAUCCGAAUGAUUUAGGAAGAGCCACAAGUAUAGCGUACGUCGGUCCAUCGGUCUCGCCAUAUUACGAUUUAAAUUUAGGAUAUAGAAUAUACUAUGUUGACGGGGACCAUGACGCUACAACAAGGCUGGUGGUUGACCAUGAAACAUGGAUUAUGAAUUUAAAAGAAGCUAAUUUGUUUGGAUAUCCCAUUUGGUACAAAUUGUAUUCGGCUCGGUCUGCGUACAUGAUGUCUGCGCUACGACCCGAGGACUGGGACAGAUUUAUAGACAAUAUGACUGAGAAGGAAGACUUAUUUAAUUUAUAUCAUAAGCAUUACUGGAAAAACAGUCCGCGCCGUGGCAUAUGCGAUGGAGAAUGUCGAAAGCGAUUGAUAUGCGACGCACGCUCCGGCCGUUCCCAUGACAGACGCGCGUUGUGCGUUAACAUAGAAGCAAGAAUAGAUGGGGCCUCUCCGACUCCCCAGACAUGGCGCGCCUGGUUCUACAAUGGCCUGUCCGUCUCACCAAGUGUAGAGCAAGUUUAGCGGUGGUGGUUUUCAGAUGCAAUAUACGAGAAUGUCGAUGCUAAUGCAGAUACCUCAAGUGGCCUACCAGAUACCAAAGUUUGUGAUGGGGCUCGGUUAAUAUAAACAUACAAGUCAAUUGUCACCACCGGACGUUCCUUAAUUAACAAAUAUUUAUUCUAUUUAAAUGUCCGCCGACCAAUAAUUUUUAGAAUAAAUCAUUACAGCUUUAAAAUUUUAGUGCCUUUCUGAGGUUAUUUUUAUAGUAAAUGUAAAAUUAUAUAAAUGCCAUCAUAUCUAACCGGUGGUCACAUUUUAUUAAUAGUAUUGUAUUCUAAGCGUUUAUUUGUAAAUAUCGUCUGUAAAUGUUGUAAUUAAAUUUUUGUUUGUA